CUACCGACGUCACAGCUAGGGCAUUUCUUGAGCGUGUCUCCCAACGCUAUCCAUGUGACCCAUCAUUUGGUUUGACGGAGUGACCGAGCAUGAUUGCAUAGCAAGCAGCACGGGUGUAGCCAGCUAAUCCAUGACACAGAUGAAGACAGCUACUGGAAAUGAAAAGGUUUACCUAUCAUGGACACAAAUAUGAUGCCGAAGUUCUCCUCGAAAGACGAAGAAAUUGAGUACUGGAAGGCGCUGUCGCUGAAGUACAAGAAUAGCUACCAGGAGGCGCAGGAGGAGCUGCUGGAGUUCCAGGAGGGCAGCAGGGAGCUGGAGGCGGAGCUGGAGACACAGCUUGGCCAGGCCGAGAACCGCAUGAGGGACCUGCAGGCCGACAACGAGCGCCUGCACAACGAGGUCGAGUCCCUCAAGGAUAAACUGGAGCACCAGUAUGCUCAGAGCUAUAAGCAGGUCUCGAUGCUGGAGGAUGACCUUGGCCAGACCAGGAGCAUCAAGGAGCAGCUGCACAAAUAUGUCAGAGAGCUGGAACAGGCCAACGACGACCUGGAGCGUGCCAAGAGGGCUACGAUCGUGUCCCUGGAGGACUUUGAGCAGCGUCUGAACCAGGCCAUUGAGAGGAACGCGUUUCUGGAGAGCGAGCUGGAUGAGAAGGAGUCACUCCUCGUGUCCGUGCAGAGACUGAAGGAUGAAGCCAGAGCAGGACUGUAAAUGGACUGGAUCCUGGUGCCCUGACUGUUCUCUCCGCCCCGAAUGCUUCAUCGCCGGCUGCCCUAGUACCCCUCAGUGUGUGACACACACACACACACACACACACACACUCUCUUAUCCACUAAAAGCCCAUGUGUACAGGCAAAUCACAUAUGCUGUAGCUAACGAUAACACACGACACAUCCCUCUGCUGGCAAAUGCCAAUCCACAUGCACUUAGUAGUACAGUAUCUCCCUUCCCCUCUGGCAGACCACACACACACACACACACACACACACACACACACACACACACACACACACACACACACACACACACACACACACACAUACACACACGCACUCUAUCUCUUCCCUGGGUCAAAAAUGGGCUAGUGUGAGUUCAUGCACAUGGUCAUUCGUACGUACUGUAUGUGUACCUCUGUACGUAUUGCUCUUAGCAGUUUUCUAUGUUAUGUUUCAAAGUCAUCUAAAGAUGUAAAUGUACUCGUAUAAAACUCUCCACAUCAUUAAUACGGGAGAGGGCGGGGGGCGGAGGAGUGGGGGGGAAACAGAAUGGAGGCUCCUUUUAGUUCUUACGUUUUAAAAUGACACACACAGCUUCCCACCGCCGAGGAGCGGUCAGCGAAGAGAUGCGGAAUAAAGACGAGAGUAGUGGCUAUGCGGAAGUGAGGGUGGAGGUUUUAUGAAGGACGAAGCUGCUGAGGGUUGGCCAGUAAGACACGCCUAAGAGAAUGAUGCACUCUGGGUUCUAAGGUCUACCGAGGCCCCGGAGGGACAAACCGCACCAGUCACCGCUUGAUUAUGUAUGGAGGAUGGAGGAAUUUGGAAUCUGUCUGUGACAUACAUAGACCUUACUGAUGAGAAUGUAGCACACUUCUGGUCUAUGCACUAUGGUCAAGCAACUCUGUGAACAGCAAUCUGCGUUAUGCUCUCGUCGCAGUCGUCCAUUUUAAAUCUGCAGUGGUGGCUGGGCUCUUCCGGCUUCUUACUUCACUCCCUCGGAGAAUCAAACCUGUGUUUUUUAAAUCUUGUUUCUUUGUUUAUGUUGUUUUCUUUGUUUGUUUGUUUUUGUCCACUUGAAAAAGGAAAAUAAAAACUGGCAGUGUUUUUUUUUUUUUAUUAUUAUUAUUAUCUUUUCGCUGCCACCCUUUUUAAAGCAUAGCAGGGAUGAGAAAUUUUAAGAGAUUACAGAAUAAGGGUUUGGCAUCUGUUCCAGACAUUUCUACCAAUAGAAAGCACAGCUUGAUCUGUGGCCAGUACUCCCUGCUGCUCCAAUAGCUCUGUGAUACUUAUAGGGCUUUGAUAUGACUCUUAUACUCCGUUAUAUCUCUCUCUUCCAGGGGUGCGUUUCCCAAAACCAUAUUGGCUGACCUGUUAGCAACUCGGUUGGUUGUGCAAUGGGUAAUUGCAUCGCAAGUAACAAAGUUGCUAAUUUAUUUAGCAACUAUGGUUUUGGGAAACGCGCUCCCGGUCAGCUUUUCUCAUAUGCAUAUAUGCCAGAUUUCUUGGUCCUUCAGUCGGGUGAAUUUCUAAGCACUUCAGAGUGUGUUGCACACUGCACACAUGCAAACACACCAACUGGUCAAGCUAUAGUUUCGCCAUCACCCCGUUACACAUUACAUUUUUAAUUGUUUUAAAAAUCAGAUUAUUUUGUUGCAACUAGUUUGUUUACAUUUUAUUGACGACCCAUAUAAAUUGUUUUCCAGCACUUAAAAUAUACUUUUAAAAUGACUUUUACUAUUGUCUGACUGUUUUAGCCGACCGCUGAUAUCAGCGGGGUUUUUUUGUUUUUGUUUUGUCAUUUGUCAUUGUAUAUAUGUUUUUGUAUUUGUAAUUUAUUUCUGUUUUAUUUAAGCAUGUGUACAGUUACCCCUUUAUGAAGUGUUCUGAGAUAAUAAAGCUAUUUUGACCAUUGUU